AUGAGAACAGAACAAGCCACUUGCAGUCAGAUGGACGGCUCGAGUUACGAAGAUUUGUGCAAGCAGGCAAAGACCCACCACGACCGGUUCCGACGCUUAGGCGAGCUGGAUGACAUCGAGAAGGCAAUCGAAUAUGGAAACCGCGCGCUAGGCUUGACCCCGGAAGAGCAUCUAGACACUCCAAACCGAUUGACUUGCCUGGGAAACUAUUACAAUGAUCGGUAUCGGCGUCUCGGAAAGCUAGAAGACAUGGAGAAAUCGUUCGAUUGCCGAAUGCGUGCGCUGGGAUCGACCAGUGAAAACGAUGCGGAGCUGCCAGAGAUGUGGACGACCUGGAAAAAUCGCUUGAGUACAAGUGCCCGUGCGCUGACCGUCAGUCCACACGAGCACCCUGACCUAUCAGACCGGCAAGCUGAUCUGGGAGUCUCAUAUGGCGAUCGAUACCGACGGAUGGGAAACAUGGCCGACCUGGAGAAGUCGAUUGAAUGCAACUCUCGCGCACUGGCAUUGACUCCCGACGGCCACCCUGACCUUCCAGACCGGCAUGGCGCUCUAGGGGUGUCAUACGGCGAUCGAUACCAACGGAUGGGAGACAUGGCCGACCUGGAGAAGUGGAUCGAACACUUGUCUCGUGCACACACUUUCACCCCUGAUGGCCAUCCACAUUUAUCUUUGAGGCACUAUCAAAUGGCCAUAUCUCGUCAUCAUCAGUACCAGCACACAGGUCACCCAUCCCACCUCCACGCCUGCCUCACUUCUUUUCGCCAAUCCUCCCGGCUAUCAUCCGCAGCGCCGCGUGACGUGUUUGAUUAUACUCUUCGUUGGGCGAACCUCGCGUCUCAGUAUAGCUACCUCAAUCCCCUCGAAGCUUUCCGUGCGGCUCUAGAUGUUCUUCCUCACUUCAUUUGGCUUGCUGCUACCACUGCUCAGCGGUAUGCCAACUUGGCCCUAACCGAGAACCUGGCUAUAAGAGCAGGUGCUGCUGCCAUCCAAUCCUCGGAGUAUGGCACAGGUCUCGAGUGGCUGGAGCAUGGGCGGUGUAUCGUUUGGAACCAGACCCUGAUGCUUCGGUCUCCAUUGGACGACCUUGAAGCAUCUCACCCAGUCAUCGCUGCUCGGCUCUCUUUGAUCUCGAAGCAGCUCGAUCAAACUAACUCGGGAGCUCCAGGCUCUCGAUCGAACAACGACGCUCUGGGCCUUCGAUACCGUUUGGCCAGGGAAUAUACUGACUUGUUGACACAAACUCGUUUGUUACCCGGAUUCGAGGACUUUCUACAGCCCCCAAAGGCUACCGGUCUGAUGCGAGUGGCCCGACACGGACCUGUGGUUGUGAUCAAUUGCUCCAAGGACGACUGCGAUGCGCUUGUGAUAAUGCCUGGACAAGAUCGCGUCGGCCACGUCUCCCUCCCUAGCUAUACCGAAUCUAAAGCAACUCAUGCUCGGUCAGAGAUAGAACAGCUGCUGCUCAACAAGGGAUUUCGAGAGCGUGGGUUCAAGCUCAAGGGCGGCCGGAUAAAACAGCCUGAUCCAGACGUAGGACUGGUGUUAGCGGAUCUGUGGAAGGACAUCGUCAAGCCGGUGCUUGAAUAUCUAGGGUACUUGACCAAUCAUACAGUCGACCAAAUGCCGCAUAUCACGUGGUGCCCUACCGGCGCACUCACCUUCUUGCCGCUACAUGCCGCUGGUGACUACGACCAGCCAGGAUCAAGAGUGUUUGACCAUGUUAUAUCAUCGUACACCCCCACACUUACUGCUCUGCUCGCCUCUGCUCCGACAGUCCCGCGUCGUGCCCCUCGUUUGCUCGCUGUUGGACAGAUGGCUACGUCCGGCUACAGUCAGCUGCCAGGUACGGCCAGGGAGCUUGCGUCCAUCAGGGCCCACGCGCACAAUCGAGCCGAGUACUCGCAGCUCACUGGUAGCAAAGCCACUGCGACGGCUGUGCUUGACGCGAUGGAGGAACACGACUGGGUGCACCUCGCCUGCCAUGCUCAUCAGAACGUGACUGACCCGACCAAGAGCGGGUUCUUUCUGCAUGGCGGCAGGUUGGAUCUCGCUGCGAUCACCCGACAAUCAUUCAAGAGCAAGGGGCUGGCGUUCCUAUCGGCAUGCCAGACGGCGACAGGGGACGAGAAGCUGCCAGACGAAGCGAUCCACCUUGCGUCAGGGAUGCUGAUGGCGGGGUAUCGGAGUGUGACAGCGACGAUGUGGUCUGUGAUAGACGAAGACGCGCCGGUGGUAGCGGACAUGGUGUACUCGCGGCUGCUGAAGGACGGGAAGGUAGGGAGCGGGGAGGCGGGGAGAGCGCUGCACGCUGCUGUCGCGAGACUGCGUGAGAAGGUGGGAGAGCGGAACAUUGCGCGAUGGGUGCCGUACAUACACAUUGGGUCCUAG